AUGGGACAGGUGGCUAAUGCCCUCAACGGGAGGGAAGAGAGGAAACUUCCAAGUCAGCUGGUGGCCAACCCGAAGGGACACUACAUAGUAGAGACGAUACUUCACAACACCAGCAAGUUCAAGCCAUCACCACAUUGCGAAGUGGAAGAAGGGUCGACAAUCAUGUCUCCCACUCUUGAGAUACCAUAUGAGCCCCGGGUCCCAUUCUCAGAACGUCUCAAGGCACCUUCUCACUUAAGGAAACAAGUAAAGAAAAUACAAGAUAUGAUGGAGGUUUUCAAACAGGUAAAAAUCAACCUCCCAUUCCUUGAUGCCAUCAAGCAAGUACUUGCUUAUGCCAAAUUCCUCAAAGAUCUGUGUACUCAAAAGCAACUAACAAAGGCUAACACUCCAAAGAAGGUGUUUCUCACUGAGCAGGUCAAUUCUAUCCUUCAGCACAGUCUCUCUCCCAAGUUCAAGGACCCUGAUGCUCCCACCAUCUCCUGUAUUAUUGGAGACCACAAGAUUGAUAAAGCCCUCCUUGAUUUGGGAGUUGGAGUGAAUCUAUUGCCGUACUCAGUCUAUUUACAGCUCGGUUUAGGGGAAUUAAAGCCCACACCAAUUAUCUUGCAAUUGACUAAUCGAUCCAUCAAGAAACCACGGGGAAUCAUCGAGGAUGUUAUUAUCCAAGUCGACAAUUUCUAUUUCCCCGUGGACUUCAUUGUUUUUGAGACUGAACUAGUGGGUAAUCCCACAAAGAUGAUCCAUGUAAUCCUCAGUCUCCCUUUCUUAACUACGGCUAAUGCGAACAUAAACUGUAGGAUUGGAAUUAUGAAGAUUAGGUUUGGGAAUCUAAAGGUAAAAUUCAACAUAUUCUAUACAUUCCAGCAACAUAUCCAUGAGUGCUUCUUUUUAGACUCCGUAGAGAACUUGGUUGGAGAGCCCCCUCUUUGCAUUCUUACUAAAGAUCCCUUUGAGGCUGGAAUGACGUACAUCAAGGUGGAUAAUUGUGAUACAGGGCAAUCCAUAGGCCAAGCAAAUUACUGGCUUUCCACUACUGCCAAACUCGACGUUCCUCCAUUGGCCAUACCCAGAACAUCUUGA